CAUCAAGAAGUCACUCUAGAAGAGAGAAAAAAUAAUUGCUACAAAAUUCUAUUUGUUCUAUUUAUGUUGCGACUUGCACUUUAUUGGACAAUCCCACCUGGAUCAAUUGUUGGUGAGGUGACACAGAUAAUUAUCGAUAGAAAGAGUAGUUAGUUACUCGUACUAUGAAAGAAUGAGCUGCUCGGUAAAGAUCUCGAGCAAAGGCUGGGCAGGUUCGCAGAGGCGUAUUGGCUCUCUGCCUGAAGAUAGUGUCUAUCCUACCCAAGUCACAUCGGGGAAUCUUCCCGGAAGUACAUCAACGCCAACCCUAGCUUCCCAGUCGACCUUAAAGACUACUCAAUCAUCAAAAAUUACCUCCAAGACUCUGGUUGUAAAAAAAGGUGAAGACACUACUAAACUACUAAAGUACAUUGAUGAUAACAUCAUUGGAAAAAAUGGCACAUUCUUUGGACCAUUCGGCCGACGAAAAGUUGUCUACUGUGACUAUACGUCAUCAGGUCGAUCGUUACAGUUCUUGGAAGAGUAUAUUGCCAAGGAAGUAUUACCAUGCCUAGGUGAUACUCGCACAUCAACAUCAAUUUGCAGUCUGCAAUCAUCGCUAUUCAGGCACGAGGCCAGAGACAUUGUUCGCCACGCAGUCGGAGCUGGAGAGCAGGAUGCUGUUCUCUUUACAGGUCAUGGUACUGACGAUGCUCUGCGCACUCUUCUUCGCCAUCUUGACCUCCCCCAAAGGCCAGCCGUUGUCUUUGUUGGGCCAUUCGAACAUCGCGCCAACUUACGACCCUGGCGGGAAUAUGGAGUCAAGAUAGUGAGGAUUGCUGAAACUAAGGAAGGAUUCUUGGAUUUAAAUGAUCUUGAGCGGAAACUGAAUGAAGAAAGAUCAUCAGGCGCUUUAAUAGUUGGAUGUUUUAAUGUAGCAAGUUGUAUUACUGGUGUACUUGCUGAUGAUGUUGCGACAACUCUAUUACUUCAUCAAUAUGGAGCUUUAAGCGUGUGGGACUAUACAUCAGCUGCUCCAUAUAUUCAAAUGGAUAUGAAUCCGCAUUUAAUAGGUGUGGGCGAGACGGCUGUACACAAAGAUGCAAUAAUAUUUAGUGGACACAAAUUUACGGGUGGCGCCCAAUCUCCUGGUGUCCUUGUGGUCAAGAGGUCACACCUCAAGAACGAUAUUGUCACUGAAGAUAUGCGCGACAUGCAUCAAUAUUUGAGAGACCCCGAGUUGAGAGAAGAAAACGGAACAGCAGGUGUCAUUGAAUCAAUAAGAUGUGGCCUAGCAAUACAGCUAAAAGAAAGUGUUACUCCCCAAGCAAUUGUUGCUCGACAAGAUAAAAUUUGCAAACAAGUUUUAGCUCAUGUAAGGACAAUACCAGAGCUAAUACUACUCGGCAGUAAUUCACAAAAUAUUAAAAGACUACCAGUGUUUUCAUUUAUGGUCAGACAUCCCAGAGGGACGUUUCUUCAUCACAAUUUUGUGUGUGCAAUCCUGAAUGAUGUUUUUGGAAUACAAGCCAAAGGUGGAUGCGCUUGCGCUGGUCGAUACGCCCACGAUCUCAUGGGAAUUGACAUUGACCUUGCUAAAAAAUAUGAGUCCUUGCUGAUGGAAAAAAAUUCGAAUUCGUCCCACGGAGAAUCAAAUGCAGAAGCUUUGCGUCCAGGGUUUGCGAGAGUGUCCUUGCCCUACUUUAUGUCGGAAGCUGAAUUAGCAUUUGUUUUAGAAGCUUUGAAAAUGGUUGCCACUGAGGGAUGGAAGCUUCUACCGCAAUAUAUAUUAAACCCAGAAACCGGAGAGUGGCGGCAUCACACAAACAGUGUAUUUAAAGAACGUAGAGGGCUGGGGUCAAUCAGAUAUACUGAUGGAAAGAUGAUAUCUUCUGAAAGACGAGUAUCUGGAGGAGCAGGAGGAAUUUUCCCACAAAGUUAUGCUGACUGUUUGCAUACAGCACGUAAUAUUUUCAAUCGAUCAAGAAAAAUGGCUCACAGAUUUCCUUUACAAAUUGACAGAAGUGUAUUCUCUGAACGAGGUGAAGCGCUUCGCUGGUUUAUUCUCCCGAGUGAGGCUCAAGAUCUUCUUCUUGGUAAUUCACAGAAUGUCAAACAAGAUUUACCAUUUGAUCCUACCCAACGAAGACAAGUUGGCAUGUGCUCAACACAAACAAAUCCGAUCAGAAGGCUAAACAGUGACAUUCCUAAGUCUGGAAAUCCUCCACUGUCUGUUGUGUCAUCUCCGAGACAUCAUAGCUUGCCAGCAUUGUCUAUUGAUUCGCAAGCAACUAGUAAACGUUUACAUGAAAGUUCUAGUAUACUAUCGACGACCGAUGAUAACAACGAAUCUUGUACAAAUGCAAAUGACAAACCUCUAGAGCUGAAAAAGCCUUCUGUUGAAACAGCAUCAAAUUCACCACCAAUUAAAUUCGCUGUAGGAGGUGCAGUUUCAUCGCCUCUGAUUAUGGCAGCAACUCCAGCAAAAUGUAGAGUUAUGGCUACAGAACAUAGUUUGUCAAACGAAGUUAAUAAUCAUCGUGGAACUCGAAUGCGAUGUAAUUCUCUUGGCAGUGCAGCUAAUGGGACAAGUCUUCCAAUUUCUAUUCCAUUAAGUCCACAAAUAUUAUCUAACUUGGGAAUGACAUCUUCAUCAGCAACUUUACCUCGUAAUCAUCGUCAUUGUAGCUGCAGCAAUCAUACUGAGUUAUCGAAUUCUCUAGAAUAUGAAAGAACUUUCAACAGUCCAACGAAAUCAUCUGCAUCAUCAGCCACAUCUUCGCCAACUUCUUCAUCUUCACCAACACCACAUCCUUAUCCAUCAUCGUUUAAUCAUCAUCACAAUAAUCAUGGCAGUUAUUUGCAUCACCAUUCAUCAAGCCAAUCUGAUUCAAUCCACAAAUUUGGAAGAUGCUCUCCGAUUACUUCCACCUUUAGUCAUAGCUCUGAGGAUAAUAUUAAAGCAUAUUUUAAAGAAGUUACAAAAGAAUUGGCUACAGAAAUCAAAUCAGAGAUCAGAGAAGUUAUUUCAAAAGUUGAUGAUGUUUUGUCAGAAAGUAAUGCAUCUGAUAAUGGCACUCCUCAACAUCAAACGCAAAGGAUAUCUUCAAUAAACAAUGAAAAACAUCAAAAAGAUGAUUCAUUUUCUGCUAGCGAAAUUGCUGAAUAUCUUAUGGAAUUCUCAAAAGAAAUGGCAAGCGAAGUCAAGUCUGAAAUUAGGUGUAUGGUAAACCAAGUAGAUGGGCUAGGUAGAUUUUCUCCCGACUUACAAUCAACAGCAUCAUUUGGAUCAACAGGCUAUGGAACGCCCGAGCAACGAUGGCCUUCAUCACCGCAAGCCGGAUUAAAAUUAACUAAAACACCCAAACUAUGUGAUCUCCAACAGAUGCAGCAAGAAAGCAAAAUGUCAAGUGAAUGUUCUUCCGAUGAGACUGUGAUAUAUGUAGUAGGUCCUAAGAUUACGACAAAAAAGGCAUCAAUAGAUAACACCCAUGAAAGGGCCAAAACAUCGGAUGAAGAAGAAGAGCAUAGCAAUAAACAAUCAGUAAAAAGGGUAGUAGAAAAAGCUGCAGGAAAUGGUUCAAAAACAUUACCAGAAAUCUAUUCAGCAGUGAACUCAGUGAGUUCACAAGACAGUGGAAUCAAUUUAUCUUUUAAUGAAAAUGACGUGAGACCUGCAGAUCUAGGAAGAAGCAGCAGCACUAGCAGUAGUGGCAGCAGUACUGAAUUAUGUGGUAAUCAUAUUUUCAAUAAAAAAAAUAAAAUGACUUCAGGUGCAAUAAGAAGACAAGCUAAAGAAGAAAAAAUUCCUGAUGAUACUUCAGAUGAUGAAUUUCAAGUUUUAAGAGAAGAAAGUGUAGAUAUUCCAUUGUCUGAUGACGAGUAUGAUACAAAUAACGAAACUUUAAGACGAGAAAUAAAUAACCAUGAAAAUUGUGAUCCUAGAUGGUACAGUCCAUCGAAACAAAUUUGGAAGCCGACUGUCGAAGCUCUUCAAGAGUUUGAUAUGAUCAGAAAUAAAGAUAAAAUUCUUAUUUGUCUUCCGGCAUCAAUUGUGGGUGUGAAGAUAGCGGCUGGAAAUUACUCAAUAGCUCUUCUUCAUGCUCUUCAUCAAUAUCAAUUCUACAUUAGAUCAAAAAAUAUUGAUUUUGAAAUUGGAGUAGUAACUAUUGAUACAACUAAUGCUCAUGAUCCAUUAGAGUUGAUGGCAUAUUUGAAAAAUCUUGAGAUUCCAUAUUUUUAUGAAGAACAAGAAGAACAAGCAUCUUUGAUCGACUCUGUUAUAACACCAGAUGCUCCCAAAACUCCUGAUUUCUCAGAACAAUUUUGCAAUACAUGUGGACGUCUUGGUGUCAAUAUGAGAAAAAGACUUUAUUCUGUUGCCAAAAUGUAUGGUUACAAUGUUCUUGCUCUAAGUCAGCAUUUAGAUGAUUUGGCUGAGGGAUUUUUGUCAUCUCUAUUCUAUACAGGACAAUUGAAAACCAUGAAAGCACAUCAUUAUAUAAAAGAUCAUGAUUUGAGAAUUAUAAGGCCAUUUGUUUAUGUUCGAGAAAAAGCUUUAAAGCAAUUUACUGAAGAAAAAAAAUUGCCUGUGUUAAAGGCAGUAUGCUUAUCAUGUGAAGAAAUUAUUUCUAAAAAGUCUUACAAAAAUCGGGAACUAAUGGCACAGCAAGAAAAAACGUACCCUCGAUUAUAUUGGUCAAUGCGAAAUGCUUUAAGACCUUUAAUUCUUGCUCGAGGAAACAUAACUAAUAUGACUGGGCAUCAACUUCAAUCACAACAUAAAUAUAAGUUGAAAUUUAAGUCCAAUCUAACUCAUCCAAUCCCAUCAGGUCUGGCGACUUAUCAAGAAUUAGGCGACAGUGAUUCUGAUAAAGGAGAAGUUUUUUAAAAAUAUUUGAUGAAAGAAGACAGUAAUUAAUUGUUCUCUAAAUUUUUAUUUAAAAUAUUUUGUUAAUGAUAAAUAGUUAAUAAUUUUGUUGCAACAGCAUUGAGAAAGAAUAUACUAAAUGUUUGUGCAACACGAAAAGGCGCUACAGCUUAUGACUUUUCUGUUGAAAACAGUAGACUUUUUUUAAGUGGUCUAAAACAAUUUCUGCUUUUUAUAAAAAAGAAUUCCGUUGUUUUUUUCUUUUUAUACUUUAUAAUAUUAUUUCAAUUAAUUCAAUUAUGCCGUCAUAUUUACUACACGUACUUAUACUCUAAAUAUAAUACACAGUUGGCAAAUAAAUAUUUUUGUCUGGAAGAUGUAAUUUCUAUCAAAAAGUACACGUAAAAGAGUUACAAAAAAAAUUGAUCUUAGUAAUCAACAAAUGUUUCAGUGUUUAGUUAUACUUUUAAAUGUUGCGUAAUAGAGUAAUAUAUCAAUAUUUCUUAUUACGCUAAUUAUAUAUGUACAAAGAAAUAACAUAUUUCUCGUCAUAUUUACUAAUGUUAGAAAGUACAACUUCCAUUUCAUGUCGAAUGCUUAGUGGAUUGUGUAAAUAAAUAUAUCUAUUUAAGAUGGACGGUGAAGACAAUAAAUAAAAUGUACAAAAAUCAGUUCAACUUUGACAAAGAAAUAAUAUUUAACAUUAUUCUUAAUAAUAAAAAAAGACUUAUAAAUUUUCAAAAAUCAUUAACCAUAUUGUCAUGUCUCUAAAGAAAAGCUUUUUCUUCUUGUAAAUAUACAUUAUAAGUGAGACAAUGAAAUGACAUUUAUUCGAAAAAUGUCAUCCCCGUCCAUCUUCACUUGUACUUGGUAAGUUUUAUUAAAAAUAUUCCCAUAAGUGCUGAAAACUAAAGACACAAUGAAUAGCACAUUUUUCGAGGGCAAUAAUCUGUAGAGACUGCCUCGAAAAGUUAUCAUUUAUGGUAUCAAUAAUUUAAUAAAUCAACAAUUUAUCAAACAAUGAUUUUUAUCAUAUGUUCCACCCAAUGUUUGUCUGUUUAUAUUGUUUUUUACUUGACAUAAAAUUGGUAUAGAUAAGUUUAUAAUUUUUUAAACGCGGUAUAAAGUUGUGUGAUGAAGUAAUUGCUAAAAAGAUAAUCUACUAAGGUUUCCAAAUAAUUAAACAAAGUUAUAGACUUGAUAAAUUCUCAUCGUUUGAUAAAAUGUUGAUUCUGAUAAAAUUAUGUCCAUUAGGCGAACUGUUAUCAGCACAGAAUUAUUGUAAAUUUAUUUAUCAUUUAAUUAAGUUUACUCAACAAUGUUGCAAUUGAGAUAUUGAAAAAAUGUGAUGAUGGUAAUUUAUAAAUAUCGAUUACAACGGUAACUUAAAUAUCAAAGUGUAGUAGUUUUACAAAAAGUAAGAGAAAAUUUGUCAGAAUUAAAAAUUCUUUUAUGAAAAAUAUUUAAGUUCUCGUUUAUCGUACUUAAAAAACUGAAUGGACUGGAAAAAGCAAUGUUAUAGUAUGGAAGUUUUUUCAUUAUUAAAGGUAUUUGUUAAUUAGUAGAUUAGAAAAAUUAUAAAAAUACCGUUGUGCCAUGAGUGAGAGAUUUGAAAGAGGAAUGCAAGUUCUGUUUUAAGCACGUCCAGAGGCACAGCCUAUGACAAAUUAAAAUAAAAUAGAUAUUUAUCUAUAUUUUCUGAGAGUUAUGAGAAUGUAUUGUUGAAUAAUGUAAAGAUGUGUAAUUUUAUUUAUCGCUAAUAAAAAUGAGUCUUUAAAAGAAAAA